GCAGAGCCACACUCAAGAACACGUAUGGGAACUCGAUCUGCUUCGGCGGCAACAGUUCAGCUUUGCGUCACUCAAUACGUUUACCGCAGCGGCAUCACAUCAGUUUAUCGUGCGGUCUUGCGGUGUAAUGACGUCUUGAGCCGAUUUGCUGUUGGCUGCUGAUAUUGACGCCUUCAAUGAGGUGUUUCGUUUAGUGCUUACUGAAUGUGCUCGGAUUAUGUACGGCGCUGCGCGUCAUCAACACAUCGAAUAACAUCAAUUUUUUCACUAUUCGUUUACAUGCUUACUUUAUACCAAACAUAUGUAAGCAUCUCGUAUUUCACCUGCUUACCGACGGAAAAAUGUAAUGAUCGCUUAUCAAUUGUGUUUUGUUGAUAACUGUGGUAAACGGAUAUGUACGUGUGCGCGCCUAUCAAGCAAAUAAAACUGCACGUUUAUUCAUGAGCAGUGUUUAAAAUUUAGCACUCGUAAGCAUCGGAUAUUUUUUUCAUUAAAGUUCCUAUGUGAGGAUAUGUGUGUUUUUAAGUGACUACCAGCCAAAAGUAGUUAAUAACAGCAGAUUUACAUAAAUAGCGCAACAACUAAAAUUACUUUAGCGAAUUUCAUGCAUUCGCUUAUUUGGCCUGUAUUGCUGUCAUUUAAAAAUAAAAAAAUAUUGAAAAUGUUAAACCUCAGUACUGUGUAAAUGAAUGCUCCAAAAUGAGCUAGUAAAUGUUUUUAAUAAAACACAUUAAUGAAGCUAUUAUGCAUAUAUGUACAUACAUACAUGUAUUGCAAAAACCAACCAAGAAUUUAAUAAAAUUAUCAAACAAUUUAUUUUAAAGAAUUGAAACAAAAGCGAAACAUACAACUAAACUGUAUAUGUGUGAGUUGAUACCCACAACACACAGAACUUACGCCCAAAGCCAUAACAAUUACACAUUCGCAGACACUUCGCGAAAUUGUUGUGGGCAGGAAUUUUUAUUUCUUUCUCACGCUGGGAUUAAAAACCGCCAAAAUUGUGGAGGCACUUAAAAUGAAGACUGAGCUGCGUUCAUGCGCGGCGUGUGGGGAGCCAAUCUCGGAUAGGUUUUUUCUUGAGGUUGGCGGUUGCUCAUGGCAUGCCACCUGCUUGCGGUGUUGCAUCUGCCAGUGUCCGCUCGACAGACAACAAUCGUGUUUCAUCCGCGAACGACAAGUCUAUUGCAAGGCGGAUUAUGGCAAACACUUCGGCGCAAAAUGCUCAAAAUGUUGUCGUGGCAUAUCCGCCUCAGAUUGGGUGCGUCGCGCGCGUGACCUUGUCUUCCACUUGGCAUGUUUUGCGUGCGAUCAGUGCGGGCGACAACUCUCCACCGGCGAACAAUUUGCUCUGAUCGAUGAUCGGGUGCUGUGUAAGGCGCAUUACCUGGAAACGGUUGAAGGUGGCACCACUUCAAGUGACGACGGCUGUGAUGGUGAUGGUUAUCACAAGAGUAAAACGAAACGUGUGCGUACCACCUUCACCGAGGAACAAUUGCAGGUGCUGCAGGCCAACUUUCAGAUCGACAGUAAUCCGGAUGGGCAGGAUUUGGAGCGCAUCGCAUCGGUGACCGGUCUUAGUAAGCGUGUAACGCAAGUUUGGUUUCAAAAUUCGCGAGCGCGACAGAAAAAACAUAUUCAUGCUGGUAAGAAUAAAAUGCGUGAACCCGAAGGAAGCUCAUUUGCCCGCCAUAUUAACCUGCAGUUAACGUAUUCAUUUCAGAAUAACGCCCAGAAUCCCAUGCACUUGAAUGGCAACUCAAAGGGAUUAUAUCCAACGCAUGAGUCUUCCAUGGAUGAGCUCUCACAGGACUCCAGCGUACAUUGCAUGCAAAGUGAAGUGUGACUGGGGCAUUUGAACCACCAUUGAAGCGGACCCAUGUCUACAUAUAUUGGUGGAAUCGGAAGCACACACACACAUGCGCAUACUUGACGUACACAGGGCAAUAUUUGUGUAUAAAAACCCCACGCAGUGGAAACUAAAACCCAGUAAAGAUAAAAACAAAUUUAACGGAAAAAAACGUCCUACCCUAGUCAAAAUUAUAAAACAAACUGUAAUCAAAUUAACUACACAUUUGUGCAUACAUACAUAUGUGCCCGUGAGUGCAAAAGGAAAACGUCCAAAAAUGUUAAAUUUUACAAGAAAUUGGUAAGCAAAGCGAACACCUAAAUUGCCCUAAACUUAUCUCGAAACGCAAUCCGAAAUAAUUUUCCUGCAGAGGUGUUAGUGAAAAAAAUUUUAUGAUUUUUUUUUGUAAUUAGAACACUGCACUUCUUUAAAAAAUAUAUAUAAAACGCUUAGAUAACAAGACAGUAUACAAAUUACAAGAGCAACUCAAAUCAAUUAUAAUUUUAGGCUUAGAAAAAAUUCUUCAUAAUAACAGCUAAAAAAAUUAUAAUAACACUUAAAAGUAAACUGCACGUAAACAAUUCAACUGAAUGCUUUUGGUACCCAUCAAAAUAUCUACUCUCAAAGUGUAGUAGUCCAUGCGCAUGCGCCGGGCAGCGGCUGCAUUUAUUUCAAAAAUUAGCUAAGUUCAACACUCCUUUAAUGACUUAAGAUUUUAUUAGAAUUUACGUUAAAUCAAUUUUAGUUGUUAAGUUUAGCAAAACAAGCAAUUCAGCCCACAAAGAUUGCAUAUAUACAUACAUUCAUAUAUGUAUUGGUAAAAGCAUGUGUACAUAUACAAAAUUUAUAUAUGUAUGCCCCUGUAUAUAAGAUUCUGCUCGCACCUAAAACACAUUUUCAUUAAAAAAAUUACACACACACGGACACAUUCCUUACCUGGGUAAAUUUAAGUUUGUACAUAAAUACAAAGAUGCGCUAUUUUUUUGCGUAAUACUGGCUAAUUUUUUUUCGCUUCUAAGUGUAAAUUUUAAUUUUUCUCAGCAUUCGGACUUAUCCUGAAUUCCAAUAUUCCCAUAAAUUGCAAAAAAACUUGGGAACAUAUUUUGCCACAUUAUUCUGCUUUUGCAUUGAAAUUUUUGGCACCGAUUUAAUCGUAUGGAGCUCACGAUAAGGCCGAUUUUCUUUUUAAAUCUCAUAUGUGUCCAUAGGUAUAUGUACGUACUUCAUUCGUAACCUCUUCACUAAGCCAACCUAUUAUUGUAUGUAUAAAUAUGUACAGGCGUAUGUACGCGUGUAUCAACCUUCACUUCUUAUCGCCUUUUAAAUAAACUACCAUAAGCUAUUGUAAAAUAUUUAACUAAACACAUACAUACAUAUUUAUGUGAACUAAUUAUAAUAUAAAAAUUGUUAUUGUUUAUUUCUUGUUUUUUAAAUUUGUAAACAAAUAAAAAUGCUCUAAAUUAUAUUUCAGUUAUACUGCAUAAAAAAGUAUCCAAUAUGUAUUAGAAAUAUGAAAUGUAAAUAGAAUA